UCUAUUUUAAUGAUAAAACGAACAAUCAAUUUUUAUUAAAUAUUAUUUAAAUUACUUGCAAAUAUUAUACAGGCUGAGUCAUCGCUUUUUCAGUAUACGCUUUGAAUAACUUUUAAAUUAUACUUUCUAUGAAAAAUUAUUCUGUGUGUGUGUAUGUGUGUGUGUGUGUGUGUGCAUAUAUGCAUAUACGAAAGUUGCAUAAUUUUGAGCGAGACAUUAUGCAAUGUAUAUAUACUUUCUUUAUAAAUGACAGUAUUUUAGAAAUAUACAGAUUCACUUGAAUUUUCCCUUCAAAAAUGUCAGUAAUAAAAAUAAUAUAACUUUGAUAUAAAACAAUUUCCUUAUACAUCGAAUAAUUUCAAAGUUGAUCAAAGCAUACAUCCGUUAUAUGUUUCUUCUCUAUAUAUUUCCUAAUCAAUAACUGCGUAGCCAAUAGCUUGUCUGUUGUCCGAUUAACGAAUAUUUUUGUUGAUAAAGUAAAGUCCAAUGUUCGAGCUAAGAAGAUCAAAGUUCGUUGACUUAAGCUUGCAUAUAUACACAUACUCAUACGUCCUCACACAUUUUAGUAACUAAAAUCGAUUGGAUCAUACAUAUGCACCAGACUGCGCGUAUCCGCUUCCAGUUAACUUGGAUCACGAGCACAGCAUCCCGAUAUUACCGGUAGUAGCUCCCGGGGGUCCUUCCUGCAAUUUAAAUGGCCGCGACACGCAGCAAAUGUCUCUCGGGCUUGGCCAACAACAUCGGCUUACCCGCAGUUUGGUCUCCGUUGGUUCUAACGUCUGUCGGAUAUGUCACACCAACACUGUUAAGGAACCUCUUGUUUCUCCGUGCAGGUGUAAAGGAACUUUAGCUUAUGUCCACUUAUCGUGCUUGGAAAGAUGGUUGAAUCAGUCCUGUCGAAGUUAUUGCGAAUUGUGUCAUUAUCAGUUUAACGCAGUAGAAACGCUUCGUUACACCUGGCCCGAGUCAUUGAGGAUAUGGAUUACUCAUCCGCAUAAUCGACGAAACAUCCAAUCCGAUCUUCUAAUCUUUACGUUACUCACCGUCGUCACGAUUGGUUUAAUAAUCGUAUGUCUUUGGGGUAUGCGUUACUUCAUUAUCGAGGGUAAGAAAAUUGGUAUUUCCAAGUCAUGGACGAAAGGAAUCAUAUGGUUCUUCCUCACCAUCGUGAUAUUUGGUUACAUCACGACGGUUUAUCUUCUCGGAAAGGUAAGCUCUUUACUCAUUUUCUUUUUAACUUUGACGGAAGGUCUACCUUUAAAUUUUGCCACGUUGAGAGACCGACACUCUUUUCCUAUCUCUUGGCCAACUUAAAAGAUUACGAAACUCUAUACGAAGUCUUUGUCAUAUUACUUUUAUAUGUAUUAUAGUUAGUAAACCACACUCUUAGUUAGUUUUUA